AUGGAAUCCAAACAAGAAAUUGUAAACUUUAUCGAUAAGACGUUUCAGGAUAUCGGAAGCUCACUUAGUCCCCUGGAGCUUCCUUCCAGCAUUCUACACUCAAAGGGUAUUAGGGACCAUAAAGUGGAGCCUGACGGUUUUCAAUCGUGUUUUGAACAUUCUAGCUAUCACACCAGAGAAUUUAAUGUGAAAGCCCAUGGUGUCCCACCUUUGCAACAUCAUCACUUGCAUACAGACAAACUGGCUAGUGAAUUGAUCCCUUUUGCAAACAAGCAUCCCAUUGAUCAUACUGGAGCCACCAGGAACGCUGGGGCUACCGGAAAUUCUGGAGCUAUUAGAGCUCCUUUGUGGCACGAAAAAGCCACUACAACGGCCUGCCGUCCGCAUGUGGGGGAAUUAAGGGGAGUAUAUGAGUGGAAGAACGUUUCUGAUGGCGUCAAACAUCUAGGCGAAAAGGAGAAAAAGCAGGGACAUGGGCAAGGUGUGAAGGAGGAGAAAGGCGAGGGAAGGAUGGAAAGCAACAGUGGCAGCGAAGGCCAAGACGAAGACAGCAAAGGUUACGUUCACGUAAUCUAUGCAAAGUCGAGCGGAUAUUGCAAUCAGAAGGUUAAGGACGAACUGCCUAAUGUCAUUUCAACCCGGGAGUCGUCUCCACAAAGCUCUUCCCCCAAAAAUGCGACUCUGAGCGAAAAAGAAGAACCUUCUUACGAGGACGAUUUUAUCAUUAUCGAACAUGAAAAGUAG